AUGCAGCUAAGGGCUUUUUUGCUUGCGCUACUGUUGCGCGCUACAGUUGCUGCCGAUUUCGAGGACAACUUUAAGAAUUGUUACCCCAACGUACCAGGUUUUGACGUCUGCGUGCGAGAGGGAUUAAAUAAGUUAAAUCCUUACUUCAAAACUGGUUUACCAAAAUACAAUGUGCUUCCAUUUGAUCCCUUCUUUGCCAGAGAGAUAACGGCUGUAAGAGGAGUACCGAAUUUCGGUUUUACUUUAACCCUUCGAAAUGUCACCGAGACUGGAUGGUCUAACAGCAAAGUGACAAAAUUUGUUUCCGAUCUGAGAAAUUACAAGGUUGUGUACACGCAAAGUUUCCCAGAGAAAAGGCUGACGGGUAAUUACGAAUUUAAAGGAAAAUUCUUCAGCUCCGCUAUAACCACUAGAGGAAAAUUCACGCUCGCUUUGUAUGAUCUCAUACAAACGACUACUGUGACCAAGUUGCCGGGACAGAAAUUGCGGUCUCAAAUGGACGUCCAAUCAAUCAACAACUUAGAACUUCACAUUACAAAUCUUCUAUUUGGCAAGCGAUUCUUAGAGAGUAUCCUCGAUAAAAUAAUUAAUUAUACAUGGCAGCCGGGUUUCGUACUGACGAGGGGCCUAAUUAACGAAUUGGUUUCGACCGCUUUCACAGAGAUCUUCGAUAACGCCUUCCGUAAUUUUCCGUUUGAGCAGAUUUUUAAAUCAAAGCCGUCCCUCAAUUACCUUCC